AUGGACUUCCCUGGCUGUGCUGCACAAAGGAGAGCAAAUAGAACUGUGAUCCACCUCAGGGAGACAGAGUUCAACAGUUCCUCAAAUUUGGAUGACAGAACUUUGUUCCUUUUGCUGGAGGAAUGGUCUCUCACCCCAUCAGGCACAAGCAUGAAGAUGUUUUUAAUCUCUCCAGUUGUCUGCCUCAUGGCAGGUGUCCUCAUCAUCCCUACCAUCUUAUUUGUGAUCUUCUCUCAGUUCAAAAUCCGCCAGGAAACAAGGUACAUGCUGCUGGGAAACGCUCUGCUUUCUGAUCUGGUCUACCUGCUGUUCUACACCCUGUCAGCUGCUCUCAAUGCAGCACAUCUACACCUCCCAAAGGAAGCUUGUGUCCUCCUCUUAUUUUUGCUGGCAGUGGCUUACUGUGGAGGGCUGUUCACAGCUGUUGCAAUAGUCUUGGACACGUGCAUCGCUGUUUUGUUUCCUUUGCACUACAAUGCUAUUUUGCCUCCUUCACGAACUAAAAAAAUCAUAGUAUUGCUGUGGAUGUGCUCCGGAGCUUUCCCUGGGAUUUUCUUUUUGCUGCUAUGGACUACCCACAGCUUUGUGCCAUGUGUCCUGGAAACAUGCUCGGUUCCAGUAAUACUAAUAUUAGCUCUCAAUGGGACUGGUGCUGUGAAACUCUGUUUCUGGCUUUCUACCACAGUUAUCAUUCUCUGCCUGUCUGUAAUAUUUUGUUGCUAUGCUAUUCUGUAUUUUAAAACCAAACACUCGGGAAUAUGGGAGAGCAUCUGCUCCAGAGCCAGUGUAACAUUCUUCAUGCACAGCACCGUGUUAUUUCUUUACUUCUUUCCACUCUUGGCCCUUUUUGUAGAAUCAUUCUUGUUCAUUAAUGUUGUCAUCAGACUGCAGACAGGAAUCUUGGUCUCCCUGACAGUCUGCAACGUCCUCAUGAUUCUUCCUAAAGUUUUGUUCCCUUUUCUGUACGGGCUUCGAUACAGAGAGAUCUCAGCCUCCCUCAAAUCCAUUGUCAGGAGGAAGCAGCUUUGCCUGGUGUCACCCGCGCCACCACCAUCCCGAGGCAGCACAGAGCAGUCACAGCACAGGAGCUGUCCUCACCUUGUUAUUGUGCAAGACUGA